AUGUCGCAAUUAAAAUCUUCCUCUUUUACUGAACCUUUUUCAAAUAAUCAAGUGGACUGUUCUAAAAAUGUUCAACGACAUGACUCUAAUGAAUUUAGUAAUAAUAUUAGUAGCGAUCAUAUAGUAGAUAAAAUACAAGCAACUUGCGAAUUACAAUGGUCAAAUUUAGUACAUGCUGAAAUUAUUUCUGUUACAAGUGCAAUGAGAAAAAAUUCUCGUUGGUCUGGCAUGAAUGUUAAUAGUUUAAAUAUGGGCGGAUUAGGUAUAAACAUGGGUCUAAGAAGAAUUUCUGUCGCCGAGACAGGUUAUAGAAAUCAAGAAAGUCCAUUGUUGGUUGGUUUUUCGAAUCUUAGAUCUCAUUUAUCAACUGUUUCAGAAUUAAACGAGAUAGAUGCAGUGACAUUACUAGAACCUUUUUUGGAAGUUAUCAAAUCUGGAGAUACAAAUGGGCCUAUAACUGCAACAGCACUUGGAAGUGUAGAGAAAUUUUUGACAUAUAGAGUUUUAAAUAUGAAUUCACCAAGUCUAUCUCAAGCAAUGUCGAUGUUAUCAUCUGCCGCAACUCAUUGUAAAUUCGAAGGAAGCGAUUCUGUAUCAGACGAGUUUGUUCUUUUGAAAAUUUUACAAGUGUUGCGAUUAGCUUUAACCUGUGAAAUUGGCCGAGUUCUUAGUGAUGAAGCUCUUUGUGCUAUGAUGGAGACUGGUUUAAGCAUGUGUUGUCAAAUGAGACUUAGUGAAAUGUUACGUAGAUCAGCAGAGCAUACAAUGACUGUAAUGGUACAAAAUAUGUUUGAAAGACUUAAAUCUUUGGAGGAGAAACCAUCAUCAUCAUUGUCUUGCGAAUAUGGCGACCUUGAAAAUAGUUCUUCUCAAGAUUUACAAGUUCGUAUGGCACCGCCAGAUCCAAAAUCUCCUCAUCUUCCUUUAUCAAUGGAAAAUAUUAGCGACAACAACAGCACAAAUACUGUCUCAAUCUCUAAUAAUGAUGACUUGGUGAAAUUAAAUAGAAAAGGAGAAGAGGUGAUGGAAGAAGAAGAUGAGAUGGAAUCAAAUUACGAAAUAUUGACUAACCAAGAGGGAAAAUCAUUAUCAACCGUUCCAAAUGAAGAAGAAAAAGAAAUGGAUCCGAAACCAUUUGGAGUACCCUCCAUACGUGAAUUACUUCGUGUUCUCAUAUCCUUACUCAAUCCUCAUGAUCAUCAACACACUGACACUAUGCGACUCAUGGCCCUUAGUAUUCUGAACGUGGCCUUUGAAGUUGGUGGUCAAACAAUAGGCCGGUUUGAAGUUUUACGUAACCUCGCUGUUGAUGAACUGUGCAAAUAUCUUUUUCAAUUGGCACGUACAGAUAACAUGACAUUGUUAUCAUUGACGCUUCGUGUUAUCUCAACAGUUUUUGGUACACUUCGUCCAUAUCUUAAACUACAACAAGAACUUUAUUUAUUAUUUUUGAUUGAAAGAUUGACACCACCAUCAAACAGUCCAAUAUCUCAUGCAUUCAACGAAGUAUUUUCUAAUCCUAAUUUCGAUAAUGUUCUGCAGCUUGAUCCCAGCGCUCCAACAUCACCAAAUCGUGAUCAACGUAAUUUCAGAAUGAGUAAUAUUUCAUACGCUACUGGCGAAAUUCGUGAAUUAUUGUUAGAAACACUGGGUCAAUUCGCUAGAGAGCCAUCUUUCAUGAAUUCCUUUCCUGAUUCUACUGGAUAUUCUGCGAGCAACUCACAUAUAAUAUGUUUUGAUACACUUUUAAUGUUUAUAAAUCACAUAAUAGAUCGAUUGCAGAAAACUGUUAGCUCUAGCUCUAGUUAUGAAUUGUCUUGGGAUCAAAUGACAGCAGCUGAUUAUAAUUCAGGAAUGAAACCAAAGAAUUAUCCUUCUGCUGCAGAAUUAUUAAAGCGCAAACAACUAAAACAAAUAUUAUGCGAAGGUGCAGCAAAAUUUAACGAGAGUCCUAAAACAGGGUUAGAAUUUCUUAAAGAUGAAGCAAUGAGAGAAAUGCUUGAAUCGUUUAGAUUGCCAGGUGAGGCACAACAAAUUGAAAGAAUUAUGGAAACUUUUGCUAUAACUUAUUUUGCUACUAAACCAGCUGAAAUUGCAACACAAGAUGCUACAUUUGUUCUAGCUUAUUCAGUUAUAUUGUUGAACACUGAUUUACAUAAUCCACAAGUUCGACGACGUAUGGGGAUUGAGGAUUAUAUGAAAAAUUUAAGAAAUGUUAACAAUGGACAAAAUUUUGCCACAGAAUAUCUACAAGCAAUUUAUGAUGCUAUUCGCAAAAAAGAAAUAAUAAUGCCUGAAGAACAUGAAGGUCAACUGGGAUUUAAUUAUGCAUGGAAAGAACUAUUACAUAGAGCCGAAAGUGCAGGGCCAUUUGUAAUAUGCAACGUUCCUUUGUACGAUAAAGAUAUGUUUACAACAGUAUGGAAGCCCACAGUAGCAGCUAUUUCCUUUGCACCAGACGAUGCAACUUUACAAAAAGCUAUUAAUGGAUUUCAUCGAUGUGCAUUAUUAUCAGCCCAAUAUAAAUUAUAUGAAGUGUUUGAUUAUAUAAUUAUGUCGUUGGCAAAGAUGACAGAACUUCUUGGCUCUAGAUAUUCAAAUGAGACUGCCAAUAAUCCGAUUAUUAAAGUUCAAGAUAUUGAUAUCACAGUAAGUGAUUUGACAAUUCAAUUUGGAAGAAAUUAUAAGGGACAACUAGCUGCUGUGGUUUUAUUUGCUGUUGCUAAUGAACAUGGAAAUGUAUUGAGAGAUGGAUGGAAAUACGUAGUGGAAGAUUUUUUAGCUGGUACAACAACAAUUCCACUUAAACCAAAAACUACUACAUUUUCAAAACAAGAAAGGCGUGACAACUUUUUAUUAUCGGCAUUAUCCUCAUAUUUGUUAUCGCCAUAUUCGGGUAAUUAUGAAUCUUCAAGAAGUGCACCCACCAAAGAAGAAAUAGAAUGCACCAUGUGUACAGUUGAUUGUGUUAAAGCAUGUCAUUUAGAUGAUAUAUUUGCUGACAUAAGAACUUUAGGUCAAGAAUCGCUUAAAAAUCUUAUGAAAGCACUCAAAUUUAUUGCAGAUGGAAAUACAACAACAAAGAUCAAUGAUGUUACUAAAUUAUCAUAUCCGCCAAUACCUCAUACCACACACCCAACUUCUACUGAUCAACAACAGUCACCAAAAAAAUCUCAAAAUAAUAGUAUUCUAUUAGUUGAGAGAACAGUUGUUGCAUUACUUAGAUUGUGUAUUCAUCUGACACACAAGGAUGAAAUGAUAUCUGAUAUUUUGUUGGCAUUAGAACUAUUGGCUACAUUGCCAGAUGAUGUAAUAAAUUCUGUUGGUGAACAAAUGAUGGCAGGAAUAUUGAAUAUUAUCAAAUCAGAUCCUUCAUAUAUCAAAGGGAAAAGACCACGAGAACCAGUUUUCAAAUUACUUAGAGCAACUUCAACACACCCACAAGCAUCUAAAUAUUCAUUUGAUGUUAUUACAUUAUUAAUAAAAGAAAAAAAAGGUAUCAAUCUUGAUAACUUUAAUGAUUGUGUAGAACUUUUGGCAGAGUUCGCUUCAGCUGCUACAUUUCCAAUAGAUCAACAAGAAAAGCAACAGUUCGUUGAAUCACCGAAACCAAAAAAUUCAAGAGAUAAUCUUACUAAAACUCAAUCUGCUAUUAUAGAUAGAGCAAAAGAAGCUGUUGUAUUGAUGGAUAUAUUAUAUGUUGAAAUACCAAACCUGCUCAGUGAAACUGGUAAAUCACCAAGAGAAGCUUGGUCGAAUUAUUGGUUACCAAUUUUAACAGGAUUCAGUCAACAAUGUUAUAGUCCAUGUUUUGAAGUUAGACAAAAUGCAAUAGCAUAUUUGCAACGGUCACUUUUAAACCCACAGCUUGUAUCACAUGGUGGCACGGAAUGGGUAUUGGUGUUUGAUCUUGUGUUGUUUCCAUUGUUAGAUCAACUAUUAAAACCAGAAAUAUAUCAAGCUGACCCAGUUGGUAUUGAUGAAUCUAGAAUAAGAGCUUCGGCAUUAUUAUGUAAAAUAUUCUUACAUUAUCUGAAUAGGUUGAUGGAAUGGGGUGGAUUAAUUACAUUGUGGUCACAAAUUUUAGACGUAAUGGAAAAAUAUAUGUUUACAGAUUCAUUGAGAGAAGCAGUUCCUGAAUCAUUAAAGAAUAUGUUAUUAGUAAUGUCAACUUCAGGUGUUUUAAUUCCACCAGUUAAUCAAGAACAUAAAACAUAA